UUGCCCUGAAAUGAAGACCUUCUCUCUGGGACCCCUAAGCACGCCAAAGCUGGAGAAUGUAUCUAUACGAUUCAUUCCAGGUGUGUGGAAGGACGACCUUAAUACCACAAUAAAGCACAUAUGCGAAACAGAGUUUGUGUCUGCUAGCUUAAAGAAAUUGGAAAUCAGUGGAAUGAGUAAUGUGAGUGAGAUAUGGUGUAGCCAAGUCCCCACUGGUUCAUUCAGUAAACUUGAAGAAUUGAUAAUUGCACAUUGCGGCAAAUUGAGAAAAUUAUUCUCUCCGUCCAUGGCUAGGCGUCUGGUGCACCUCCGAAAAUUGACAAUAAGAUCAUGCCCAAUGUUGGAAGAAGUUGUUGUAAAGGAAGAAGAAGCAGAAGAAGGGAGCAGGAUGAAUGAAAUUAUGUUCCCUCAAUUGGAAGAAUUGAUAAUUGAUAAUUGCGGCAAAUUGAGAAACUUAUUCUCUCCGUCCAUGGCUAGGGGUCUGGUGCACCUCCGAAAAUUGAGAAUAUCAAAAUGCCCAAUGUUGGAAGAAGUUGUUGUAAAGGAAGAAGAAGCAGAAGAAGGGAGCAGGAUGAAUGAAAUUAUGUUCCCUCAAUUGGAAGAAUUGAUAAUUGAUAAUUGCGGCAAAUUGAGAAACUUAUUCUCUCCGUCCAUGGCUAGGGGUCUGGUGCACCUCCGAAAAUUGAGAAUAUCAAAAUGCCCAAUGUUGGAAGAAGUUGUUGUAAAGGAAGAAGAAGCAGAAGAAGGGAGCAGGAUGAAUGAAAUUAUGUUCCCUCAAUUGGAAGAAUUGAUAAUUGAUAAUUGCGGCAAAUUGAGAAACUUAUUCUCUCCGUCCAUGGCUAGGGGUCUGGUGCACCUCCGAAAAUUGAGAAUAUCAAAAUGCCCAAUGUUGGAAGAAGUUGUUGUAAAGGAAGAAGAAGCAGAAGAAGGGAGCAGGAUGAAUGAAAUUAUGUUCCCUCAAUUGGAAGAAUUGAUAAUUAAUAAUUGCGGCAAAUUGAGAAACUUAUUCUCUCCGUCCAUGGCUAGGGGUCUGGUGCACCUCCGAAAAUUGAUAAUAGCAGACUGCCCAAUGUUGGAAGAAGUUGUUGUGAAGGAAGAAGAAGCAGAAGGAGGGAGCAGGAUGAAUGAAAUUAUGUUCCCUCAAUUGAAAACUUUGAUACUUGGCGCACUACUCAAACUAAGAAGUUUUUUUCCUGUGAAACAUGCUUUGGAAUUGCCAUCAUUGCAUGAAGUCACACUGUAUAUUUGCCCUGAAAUGAAGAACUUCUCUCUAGGACCCCUAAGCACGCCGAAGCUGGAGAAUGUAUAUCCACUAGACAAUCCAGCUGUGUGCAAGGACGACCUUAAUAACACAAUAAGGCACCUACACGAAACAGAGGGGCCGAGGUGGAGAGCACAAUUGGAGAGCACAAGUAAGGAGGCUGAAGCUACCGAUCACAUUUAG